AUGAGCGCCGCGCUCUUCAGCCUGGACGGCCCCGCGAGCGGCGCGCCUUGGCCCGCCGAGCCCGCGGCCUUCUACGAGCCGGGCCGGGCGGGCAAGCCGGGCCGCGGGCCCGAGCCGGGCGGCCUGGGGGAGCCGGGCGCCCAAGCCCCCGCCAUGUACAACGACGAGAGCGCCAUCGACUUCAGCGCCUACAUCGAUUCCAUGGCCGCCGUGCCCACCCUGGAGCUGUGCCACGACGAGCUCUUCGCCGACCUCUUCAACAGCAACCACAAGGCGGGCGGCCUGGCGCCGCUGCCCGGCGGCGGCCCCGCGCGACCCCCGGGUGCCGGCCCCGCCGCGCCGCGCCCGCUCAAGCGCGAACCCGACUGGGGCGACGGCGACGCGCCGGGGUCGCUGCUGCCCGCGCAGGUGGCCGCGUGCGCGCAGACCGUGGUGAGCUUGGCCACGGCCGCGCAGCCGACGCCGCCCACAUCGCCCGAGCCGCCGCGGGGCAGCCCGGGGCCGAGUCCCGCGCCCGGCCCGGCCCGAGAGAAGGGCGCGGGCAAAAGGGGUCCGGACCGCGGCAGCCCCGAGUAUCGGCAGCGGCGAGAGCGCAACAACAUCGCGGUGCGCAAGAGCCGCGACAAGGCCAAGCGGCGCAACCAGGAGAUGCAGCAGAAGCUCGUGGAGCUGUCGGCCGAGAACGAGAAGCUGCACCAGCGCGUGGAGCAGCUCACCAGGGACCUGGCCGGCCUCCGGCAGUUCUUCAAGCAGCUGCCCAGCCCGCCGUUCCUGCCGCCCGCCGGCGCCUCCGACUGCCGGUAACGCGCGGCCCCGGCCAGCACAGACUCACCGACGACCAUACGAUACCUCAGACUCGACGGGCCGGAGCCCGGCCGGCCGGGGCGCUGGAGCCAGCCGCCCGCCGGCGCCCGCUGCAGCAACUCUGGGACGCGAGAGCCGAAGAGCUACAGCGUGGACACCGAAUUGAGAGAGAAGCUAUACGAGUAUAUUUUUCCUUAAAUUAUUUUUAUAAUGGUAGCUUUUUCUACGUCUUUACUGUCGUUGCAGUCAAGGUACAUUUGUAGAAAGAAAAAACCCUUUGUAUUGUAGAUAAGAGGAAAAGACUGAGCAUGCUUUUAUAUUAAUUUUUACAGCAUUUGUAAGAAUAAAGAAGCAUUUUAAAUCGCUCCAGCUUCCUAUAUUGGCAGUGACUUCCGCACAGUGACGCACCGGGAAGGGUGCGCUCCAGGACCGGGCUAGCACUGGGGAGCCACGGGACCAGGUGUGUUGUCCACCCUGGGGAAAUGAGCUUCUUACAUGUCAGUCAGCCUCCGCCUGUUCCGUGUGGCUUGCUGGACGCCGGGGAUCUGGCUAGUGAGCACCAUGGUGGUGGGAGGUGCGGAGCUGGCUGAAGUGGGGCCCCUGGUGAGAAAACUGAAGGGCUCCCUAACUUCGCUAGAGGGUGGAGGGAGCGCUUAAGUGAUCCAGGGCGUGCAUGACACUUCGCUUUCACUUUCCUCAGUCUUGGAGACAACGUGUAAGUUUCCCAAGUGUGCAUCAAGAUAGUCAUAAAUAGUUCAUGAGACGCGGCGGCCAGACGUGUAAUUGUGGUAUUUUAGGGUUUCAUCCCAAUAAAGCCAUGUGCCUUUCUCCUAAGGAAA